AUGGCAGGCUUCGAUGAAGAUGAUCUAGCAGACUACGAUAACUAUUCCGGAGAAGAAGAAUUCAAUGAGGAUAAUCUAGAUGAUCAGGAAUAUGAUAAAUUAUAUGCAUGCCUUCCUCAAUUGAAAGAAGACAUUAAAGACUAUAAUGAUGAAAUACUUGAGAUAGAUUUAAAAGAAGCAUUAUACUUCAAUUAUUAUGAAAUAGAAGAAGCAAUCAAAGAGUUGAAGUCUAAGUAUCCUAAAAAGAAGACCAACAGUAUGUAUAUUUUCCAAUUUUUUUGUUUGUCAAGUUUCACGUCACUUUGA